AUGGCUUCUGCAGUUGAUCUCCCUCUUCCUUCGACUAUUGGCGCCGUCAAAAGGAAAAGGUCGACUUCCACGGUGUCAACGCCUCUGAUCAGUACGGCUCCAAGUGCUCCAAAGAGGGCUUCAUUUGAUCCUGCAAAGCACUUGAAUUUCAAGGAGCCUGAAAAGGUCUGGUCCAUGAAGGAGAUUGGCCUGGCCGAUAGAGGUGUCUCACCCAUCGCCGUCUCGGAGCCUUUCUCUCUCUUCACUAAAGAAGCCAUUCAACAGAUGCGAGCAGAGGUUUUGAGCAAGCCAGUCCUGGACAACUGCAAAUAUUCAAGCAACCUUGCUCAAUUUCAGCUUCGAGGGUUUGCCCCCGACUAUGCCCCUUUCGUGUACGAUGCGUGGCGCAGCCCCGAAGUUCUUUCCAUUGUGUCCAAGGUCGCCGGUGUGGAGCUUGUUCCCGCCAUGGACUUUGAGAUUGCACAUAUCAACAUCUCCACCAACUCGGAGGAGCAACAGGAGGCCACCAAACAAGCCUUGCAGGAGAAAGUCCAUCGAGACGCCGAUGAGGGUGUCUCCGGUUGCCCCUAUGAGGACGACGAACCCAUUGUCGACUGGCACACUGACAGUUAUCCCUUUGUCUGUGUGACGAUGCUCAGUGACUGCACCAACAUGAUCGGUGGAGAGACUGCAUUGCGAACAGGCCAUGGCGAUAUCAUGAAAGUCCGUGGGCCCGGUAUGGGCAACGCGGUUAUCCUUCAGGGACGAUAUAUCGAACAUCAAGCCAUGAGGGCUCUUGGUACCUCUGAACGCAUAUCAAUGGUGACAUCGUUCCGACCCAAGUCUGCUUUCGUCCAGGAUGAUACAGUACUUACUACCGUUCGUGCAAUUUCAGACCUCUCAGAGUUGUACUCUCAAUACGCGGAAUACCGCCUCGAGAUGCUCGAGGAGCGUAUCAGAGCUCAUCUCAAGGAGAUUCGUGACCGAAAGCGAGCGCGUCGUGGCUUCAAUACUGCGGCCACCAAAGCUUUCAUUCGGGAACAAAAGGGCUUCCUCGAUUCAAUGCUCCGCGAAAUCGUCGACGAGGACAUGGUCACCGUCGGCUUUCUCGAUGGCGAUACGCAUUUGUUGAGCGAUGAUUUGAAGGUGCAAUCGCGAAAGAAAGCACGAUUUCAGUCGGAGGACGCAUUCUCCGAGUUGUAG